ACAUGAACAAAGGAAUGAACUGUCCCUGGUCCUGGUCCUGUCUUUUUGCUCCUAGUUCUUCCUCAUCUCCCAACUCGUCAGACGAUGAGUCUCUAUGCGAAGAGGAACUGGCCAAGCUAAAGGAGCAAGUGGAGGAGAAGAAGAAACUCAUUUCGAUCAUGAGAAACAAACCCUGGCGGAUGGCAAAGAAAUUAGCUGUGCUGAGGGAGGCUCAAGCUUUUGUUGAAAAGUUUGAAGGUGCCUUGGGGAAAGGCAAAGGAAAAAAGUUGUAUGCCUACAAAAUGAUGAUGGCAAAGAAAUGGGUCAAGUUCAAGAGAGAUUUUGACAAUUUUAAGACACAAUGUAUACCAUGGGAAAUGAAGAUAAAAGAAGUGGAAAGUCAUUUUGGUUCUUCAGUGGCCUCCUAUUUCAUAUUUCUGCGUUGGAUGUAUGGAGUGAACUUGGUCCUGUUUGGCUUGAUAUUUGGAUUAGUUAUAAUUCCAGAGAUAUUAAUGGGAGCGCCAUAUGGAAGCAUACCAAGAAAAAUUGUACCCAGGGCUGAGCAAAAAACUGCCAUGGAUUUCUCUGUUCUUUGGGAUUUUGAGGGCUACAUUAAGUAUUCUGCUGUUUUCUAUGGCUACUACAACAACCAAAGGACAAUUGGCUGGCUAAAGUACAGGCUACCAAUGGCCUAUUUCAUGGUUGGCGUUGUCGGUGUAUACGGAUACAGUAUAAUAGUUGUCAUAAGAUCAAUGGCCCGGAAUGCCCAUGAAGACACGGGCGACGGGGAUGAUGAGAGCUUCAUUUUUAGCUGGAAAAUGUUCACUAGUUGGGACUACCUCAUAGGCAACCCAGAGACAGCCGACAACAAGUUUGCAUCCAUUACAACUAGUUUCAAGGAGUCAAUUGUGGAUGAGCAAGAAAGCAACAAAGAUGAGAACAUCCAUCUGAGAAGAUUCCUGAGGGUUCUGGCCAACGUACUUAUUAUAUGUUGCUUAUGUGGAAGUGGCUAUCUUAUUUACUUUGUCGUUAAGCGGUCCCAGGCCUUUUCAAAAAUGGAAAACAUUGGCUGGUAUGAAAGAAAUGAGGUUGAAAUUGUUAUGUCCUUGCUAGGAAUGUUUUGCCCUCCGCUGUUUGAAACCAUUGCGAACUUAGAGGAGUAUCAUCCUCGGAUUGGACUGAAAUGGCAACUUGGACGCAUUUUUGCACUCUUCCUUGGGAACCUUUAUACUUUCUUGCUGGCCUUAAUGGAUGAUGUCAAAGAAAAGCUGGUUGAAGAAGUCAGCAUCAGGAACAUAACACAUUGGACCCUCCUAAAUUAUCAUAAUUCGUCUGUGGCGAAUGGAAGUGCUGUUUCUCUACCUUCCAUGGAUCCAGCCGAUGUCCCUCGAGGACCUUGCUGGGAAACUACUGUGGGAAUAGAAUUUGUGAGGCUCACUGUGUCUGAUAUACUUGUGACAUUUGUAACCAUACUUGUGGGAGAUUUCCUCCGUGCUUGCUUUGUCAGAUUUGUCAACUAUUGCUGGUGCUGGGACCUGGAGGCUGGAUUCCCUUCAUAUGCGGAGUUCGAUAUUAGUGGCAAUGUGCUUGGUUUGAUCUUCAACCAAGGAAUGAUCUGGUGA